UCCUAUUUGACAAUUUUGACAAACAAAAAAGUGGUCAUGACAUCCCCUCCAGAUCCAUCGACUUCAACAUUGUCAUAUUUGCAACAUCUUCAAGGACGUGUUCAUCCUCUAACACAAGCAGCUGCUCAAAUACCCAAUCCAUCCGACCUUUCCUUUCAUCGAUCAUUGGACAAGCAAUUGACUAAAGAUCUGAAUGAAACCAAGAAUGAACUCGUAUCAACAAUUCAGUCUUUGCUGUCAUGCAUCGAUACUGCAUAUGCUGGGCCCCAAGAAGAUGGAAUGAAGGUGAACAUUGAUGACCUUGUGGAUGCAAAUGCAUUCGAACGAAAUCUGGGUGAUACAAUCGAUACACUACUGGAGAGAACAGAUAUGCGACUGGACGAGUAUCAGGGCAAGAUUCCGAUUCAACAAAACUCAAAGAGAGCUUCUUCUUCCCUUCGUAAUGGCAAAGCACAAGAUUCUACAUCAGCAAACCCUGAUUCAACAAUACCCGUGCUGGGUCCACUACCUUCUCAUAUCCUGAAUGCGCCUAUCAAACCGCUACCUCAAACAAAGUUCAGCGUAAAGCCAGACAAUUCCCGAAGUACGAUCUGGAAGCAUUCAUUGACACAAAAACCACAUGCACAAGUACCUUUGACAUGGAGAGCACCAUCAUUGGAAGGAGAGGAAGAGGCAGCCAGAUCUGCAGGAAUACGACAAGGGAUGUAUUGUGCUGAAGGAGAUCCUCGAUUUAACCCAUACUACCUGGAAAUCAACAGCUUUGCACCUCCAUCGCAUGCGCUGCAAGUGCCUACAUUAGAGAAUCUUGUCGCGCCGCCACCACUGAUAAAAGAUGAGCCGGAAGCAGGUCCGAUACCGUUCAUUUGGGUCAACGACCAGAAAUCGUUCGAUUACCUCUAUGAUCACUUGAUGGAAGAAAGGGUCAAAGAGAUUGCAGUAGAUGUGGAACAUCACCAAUAUCGCUCCUAUCAAGGUUUGGUUUGUUUGGUGCAAAUUUCGACUAGAUGGAAGGAUUUCAUUAUCGAUGCCCUAAGUCCGGUCAUCCGUCAAAUCUCUACCAAACUGAAUGAUGCAUUUGCAGAUCCAGCCAAAGUGAAGAUCUUGCAUGGAGCAGAACACGACGUCCUCUGGCUUCAAAGAGAUCUCGGACUGUAUCUGGUGGGUUUAUUCGAUACGUAUCAUGCUACAAAUGUGCUUCAGUUCCCGCAACAUGGAUUGGCAUACUUGUUGAGCAGGUAUAUCGAUUUUGUGGCAGAUAAACGAUACCAACGAGCCGAUUGGCGUAUUCGACCUUUACCAAAAGAGAUGAUGUAUUACGCCCGAAGUGAUACACAUACACUUGUGCACAUUUAUGACUGCUUACGAUUCGAGAUUGAAAAGCAACAAGGAUCCGUUGGCAUUCGUACGGUCUUUGAGCUAAGCAAAAGGACUGCUCAAAAGACGUACGCCAAAGAACAAUGGAAUGAUUCGAAUGACAGUAGGGAAGGAUGGAGAAAUUCGUGGAGACAAUUAGGUGGAAUUGAAGCUUUGGACACGGAUGCACGUUGGGAUCGAGAAGGUAUCACUGGAUUGACACAAACGGAGCGUUUAUUUAGGGCAUUGCACAAUUGGAGAGAUGAAGUGGCGAGAUUGGAAGAUGAAAGUCCGAAAUUCAUUUUAGGUUCGCAUAAUCUACUCAACCUUGCUUCUCGUGCUCCGCAAAAGUCAGAAAGCGUUCUGGCAAUCGUUGGUCAAAGCUUCAAGAGACGUGUUCCCGAUCUGUUGAAUUUGAUCUCUGCAGAAAUUAUCGCUUUUGAAAGAGCACAAGCUGACAAGGCUGCAAAGCAGAAGGAGCUAUUGGAAAGUGCUGCAUCUGGGAAUGCAUUGGAUGAUGAAGAGAUGGGAGAAGUUGUCCACCGUGAUGCAGAUGUUGGAAGGUUGAAGGAAAUGCUACUCUGGCCGACCAACGAGACAAGAAAUACGCUGAGUGCACCCACACCAUCCUCAUCUUCUUUGGCAUCAAUGCUUUUCAAGACGAAUGCCAAUCAGAAUGAGUCGGGUGUCGGCGCAGCUGCGACAAAAAUGGCAAAAUCUCUUUUUGCACCAGCAUCAACCGUUGCCGCUAGUCAACAACUGCUGCAAGGCAUUCGAUCGGAUCUGACAUCGGCUUUGGGAAGCUUAUUGACAGGUGACCAAAGUGCUACGAUGUCGAACGAUGACACAGAGGUGCGAGGAAAGAAAAUUGCAGAGGCUGUUGCAGAACCGCCAAAGGUGCAGCAAGAUACAGAAUCUGAAAACAAGAAGACGGAUGCGGUUGCAGAACAAGAUGUAUCAGAUACCGUAAUGGAUGAUGGAGUUUUGCGUAACGUGCGCAAGACGAAGGGCAAGAAGAGCUCUGGAAAAGCGUCUUCAUCCAACAAUGCUCGCAAUGCUGAUGACGUUCCAUCAGAUGAUACCCCAGCCCAAUCUGUCCCAUCUUCUGAAGGUGAGGAAAAGAAGCAGAAGAAGAGAAAGUGGACAAAAGAGGAGAAAGCACAACGCAAGCGUCAACAAGAAGAUGCCUUAUCAAAUGUGGAACCAUUCGAUUAUACAACAGCGAAUUCCGUCUUGGAUGCAAAGUCGGCCACUCCGACAAAUACAUCCAGACAGCAAAAACCCAGUAAGAAGAAAGGUGAAGGCAAAAGCGCAAACAAUUCCCCGGCAAACAAUAAAGGACGUUAUGCAAACGUACCUGUUGGUCGCGAUCGACGUGAACAAGCAGGUGGAAAGAGCAUGACAUUUUCUCGUUAAGCAGCAUUUUCAUCUUGUUAUAUUAUCACAUUGUACAAUUUAUACAUCCAUUCAAUGAAC